UAUCGUUUAGCAUAUCGGCCUAUCGCCGGCUAUCAGGUGCCGUUAACGAUAACGAUAAAAUAAACAGACCCUAUCGGCAAAGUAGUAACUUUUCGAAAUGUGUACCUUUUAAAACGGUACUCAUGUAUUCGUACAGCAGCUAAUGGGGUAUGAUGAUCUUUUGAUUUUGUUUCUUUUUUCGGCAAGUGCAUACCAUGCACUCCUUGUAUAUCAUUCCCAAUUAAAGUAACUAAUUCCAUAAUAAUCGUUUUCGGCUAACUGUAUCUGCUAAACGGGCAACAUGCUAACUCCCAUUUUGCUGAGUAUAUGUUUCCUCCCCGUUUUUAUCGCCGGUUCGUCCGGCCCACUCGGCGGAAGUCCAGCGGGAAAACCGGCGCUGACGGAAGAUGAGGCGCACAUAAAGGAACAUUUAAAAGACUGGGCUGAUGUUGAUACGAGCAAAAUGUCUCCCGUGGAACUGGAAUUCCAUUAUUUCAAGCUGCACGAUAGCGACGGAAAUGGCAAAUUAGACGGACUGGAAAUGUUGCAAGCCCUACUGCACAGCGGAAACGAAGACCCCCAUCACGAACGUUUAGAACCUUCGGAACCAAUAGAUUUGAAAGUUUAUACAGACAUAAUUGACCAAGUUUUAAAAGAUGAUGAUCUUGACCAGGACGGUUACUUGAGUUACGAGGAAUACACGCACCGGAUAAAGUCAUCCUGACAUUAAUCAGGAAACACCACUUUCGCUGAUUUUCGCUCGUAUGGAACACGUUUUAUCAACUCCAUUCGCAAUAUCCAUUCAUUCAGGCGGAAAAUACUCCGGGAGAAUUUUUUCGUACAAGUCCACAUCCAGAUCUAGGAAGACGCAAAAGACGAUUCGGUCCACCUGAAGCAGUCCAAAAUGCUAUUAAUAUUUUGUACAUAUAUUCGAAAUUUCGAGGAUAUUCACACUCUUCACCGUUUCGGGCAGGUACUUCUAUAAUAUUAUCACGAUUUAUUAUAACGUUUUUAAAUGCUUGCUGUGUUUCCGUAACACGCCAGCUGUGCAAAUCCGACA